GCACUUUCCUACUUCCUCGUUCGUUCACCUCACCGAACCAAAGUAAACAUGUCUGGACGCGGCAAGGGCGGCAAGGGCCUGGGCAAGGGCGGUGCUAAGCGCCACCGCAAGGUGCUUCGUGACAACAUCCAGGGCAUUACCAAGCCCGCUAUCCGCCGUCUGGCUCGCCGUGGCGGUGUGAAGCGUAUCAGCGGCCUCAUCUACGAGGAGACCCGCACCGUGCUCAAGACCUUCCUGGAGAACGUGAUCCGCGACUCGGUCACCUACACCGAGCACGCUCGCCGCAAGACCGUGACCGCCAUGGACGUGGUCUACGCGCUCAAGCGCCAGGGCCGCACCCUGUACGGCUUCGGCGGUUAAGCGGCCAGCUCCUAGCCGGCACGCUUCGCACGCACUGUUGCGGUCCCUGUGACCCGCAACACCCAAACAAACUCGGUGUUUCUCAACACCACCCCUCGUUGGUGGAUACAGCUUGGGUACUGCACUUGUACUCGCGUCUGCUGCGAUGCACUGCGGGCGGCAGGCAAAGCGCAUGCGUGUAGGUUGCUGGGGGGGGGGGCGGCGGCGUCGUUCGCCAGUCUAAGCAUGAAGCACUAGACACAAAUGCGCAGGCCCCACACAAGGCCCUCAACAUACUAGCGGACCGCCAUGCGAUCCAUGGGGCGUGCCCCUAAGGGAGUCAAGUGACAGGGGACGCAACGUACGGUGUUGUAAUGCUGAGCACAAGAGGAGGCGUGUGCAGGUAGUGGCCCUUAGUGGCGUAGAGCUGAGGUGAAAGGAGGCUUACAGGGGAGGCCCCUGGAGGCGUAUAUAGUCAUGGCGACUGAAGUCGGAGAUGAUCUGAGUGCCAGAGUCGUGACAUACGUUGGACCAAAGGUACUGCGGAUGCUGGCGUGCGCACAACCUCCCGGAUCGGUGACCG